AUGACCACCAAACUCCGCAUCCUCUGCCUCCACGGCUUCACCUCCAACGGCGCCGUCCACGCCCACCAAAUGCGACACAUUACCACCCAACUCCCCGAAUACGAAUUCCUCUUCCCCGACGGUCCCCACAAAGUCGACAUCGCCACACAAAUGGACUUGUCCAAACCCGCCAAUCAAGCCUGGUCCGACGUCGUGAUGGGAAUCGGUCCCACAGCCGGUCAUCGCGCGUGGUGGUACGCUCGGGACGGGGCGUUUGGGAAUUCGACGACUGGAGGCUUUUGGGGGUUGGAGGAGAGUUUGAGGUCGAUUGGGGACUUUUUGAGGGAGAAGGGCCCGGUGCAUGCGAUUGCGGGCUUUAGUCAGGGGGCGUGUUUUGCGGGGAUGUUGGUUGCGUUGUUGCAGGAACGUGGAGCGGGGGGUUCGUUGAAGCAGCAUUUAGGGGAUGUGGCAGGGACGGAGGCGAGGGCGGGGGUGAUUUUCUCGGGGUUCAGGGCGAGGUUUCCGCAGUAUGAUGAGUUGUAUGAGGGUGGGAUUGAGGUGCCGACGCUGCAUGUUAUUGGGGAGAAGGAUGAUGCUGUGAGAGGGGAGAGGAGUGAGGAAUUGAUUAAAGUUUGCGAGGGGGCGGAGGAGUUGAGGCAUCCGGGUGGGCAUGAUAUUCCCAAGUCGAAGGAGGAUCAGAUGAGAGUUAUGAAAUUCUUGAGGAGGUGGUUGGACGGGGCUGAAAGUGAGAGAGUUCCGGCGAGCUUAUAG